UUCAAGGCCAUCCCCCUCACCUGGAUAACGUCAGUUCUGCAACUCGUGUUCACUUCUGUUCCCCACCCAGUUUUACCCAUGUCGGAAACUAAAUUGUCUUCUUAUCAAGAGGAAGCGUUUUCGCAAGUCUUUUAUGACUGUCGUGCGAAUUACAUUGGUUGGUUCCAACUCGAUGACGGAGAAACUCUGGAUCUGCCCGAGGACUCGCUGCCGAUCGAGGAGUUGCCGAGUUUGUUGCGGUCUAUUCGUUAUGAGAUGACGGAUGAAGAUUGGGAAUGGUUGAAGGAUACGGAAAGUAUCCAUAUCGAAGAUUUUAAGACUUUGUUGGCUUACAAAGUCGGAGGGCCGGAUGAGAUAUUGGGUUCGGCUCCACCUAAGCGCGAAACUUCGGAGGUGCCAUACCAUGAAAAUGAGGGAACUAGUACUCCUGAAGAUCCUGUCGAUGACUCUGAAUGGUGGACCAAUCCUGCUACUGCCUGGCCAGACCCUAUCCCUGAUUGGGGAGUUAUACAGUACGCCGCCGUGGAAACCGCCCACUGAGCAACCAUGGCUGCUUCCACCUUCGGCUAUGGGGGGGUUCACACCGACACGCCCCCAUCAACGCCUUAUGCGUGGAAAUAUGUCCAAUAGCUUCCCCACACUCUGUCACGCCCAGCAGGCCCGAAAUGUCUUCAUCGAUUGAAUUUCCGAACGUCAUAUGUAUUAUAAUCUUUUGAUACCGAACAAGAGGCUUGCACGGCAAUGAGGUCUGGCUCGCGGGGUGAGAGGAGUCAAGGAAUGAUCUGCAUCAUACAUUGGUGUUCGCGAUUCACAGGUGACGGAUCCGACAGGGCAUUCGAAGGAUCUCAGGAUAACUGUCCCACUGAAGUUGAUCAGACAGCAAGUGAAAAUACAAGUAAGAAAAACGAAAA